AUGGUCCAAGAUCACGAAGAUCAAUUAAUUCUCGAGAUUGAUUCAAACGUUGAAUAUAUAUUUGAGUAUUCCAUUGAUCAUUGGCAAACCAUUCAUAAACCCAUAUCAAAACUAUCAUCUCUGAAUUUGAAACAAUUUUUGGAUUUGGUGGAUGACAAUUUACACCAAUAUUAUGAAGUUCACCACGGUAAGCUUUGGAAAGAUGAUAAACGGGAUGAAAUGCAAGAAGAUGGUUUAAUUUAUGUAUGGUAUGAAUUUAAAGGUGAAUUAGUAGGAUUUAUAAGUUUUAAAUUAGUUGAUGAUGAAGAAGGGAUAGAUGGUCUGGUGUUUUACCUUUAUGAAAUUCAAAUUAAAGAAAAAUUCCGUGGUCAAAAAAUAGGAACUAAAUUAAUGAAAAAUUUAGAAAAUCUAGUGAUAUAUAUAAGGACUAAAAGUAAUGAUGACAAAAUACUAAAAAUAAAUCAACUUCAACAAUUAUCAGGUAUUGCAUUAACGGUAUUUUCCCAGAAUAAAGUUGCGUUUGAAUGGUAUAUACGAUUGGGCUUUAAAUUGUCACCAUCAUCACCCCGGGAUAAAGUUUUAAGAAAUGGUAAAGUUCUAAAACCUGACUACUACAUACUAUACAAGUCAUGCUGA